CCUUUCUCCAAGGUGUCACAUCGAGGGCAAAAAAAAGAGAGAGAGGAAAAAGUCGACAAAAACAAGGUUUCUCUCCAGAACCAUUUUGAAUGCUCUGGGAAAAAACCCCGUGGCGCGUGCAAAAAGUUCAAGCAGGCCUUUUCUUUCAAACACUCCAUGAAAAGUGGGCUCCGGUGUUGUUUACAUGAUUUUUAAAGGAUAAAAUACUCCUACACGGAUAAGGUGGAUACAAUGGCUGACCAGGAAAUAUCUAUGGAUGACAGUAUAACAGAUGCAAUGGCUGCCCCGUCGCCAGCAAAGAGUAUUGGCGACCCAGGCAUCACGCCUCUCUCCCCUACACACAUAAUGAAGGAAUCGGAGCAGGAUGAGCCGGCAAGUCACUCGUUCAUGGUGGUGGUGGCCAUCGACUUCGGCACCACGUCCAGCGGCUAUGCCUACGCUUUCACUAAAGAGCCAGAGUGCAUCCACACCAUGAGGCGCUGGGAGGGCGGUGACCCGGGCGUGUCCAAUCAGAAGACGCCGACCACCAUUCUGCUGAGUCCUGACAAGAAGUUCCACAGUUUUGGUUACGCAGCAAGAGACUUUUACCAUGACCUGGACCCCACCGAGUCAAAGCAGUGGCUCUACCUGGAGAAGUUUAAAAUGAAACUUCACACGACUGCGAAUCUGUCCAUCGAUACAGACCUCCACGCAGCCAAUGGGAAGAAAGUGAAGGCUCUGGAUAUAUUUGCCUACGCUCUGGCCUUCUUCAAGGAACAGGCUCUCAAAGAGCUGAGCGACCAGGCGGGGACGGAGUUUGAUAACGUCGACGUCAGAUGGGUCAUCACUGUUCCGGCCAUCUGGAAAAUGCCGGCAAAGCAGUUCAUGAGAGAGGCUGCGUAUAAGGCAGGUCUGGCCUCGCGAGACAACCCCGAACAGCUCAUCAUCGCUCUGGAACCCGAGGCCGCCUCCAUCUACUGCCGCAAGCUCCGCUUACAUCAGAUCAUCGACCUCGGCGAGAAGACGUCCGUCAAUGGCUACAACGCAACUGAGAACGUGGGGGCGUCGAUGGUGCAAGCCAAGGAACACGUGCGUCGCAACCGGCAGAGUCGCACCUUUCUGGUGGAAAAUGUCAUAGGAGAGCUCUGGUCCGAACUCAGUGAAGGCGACAGAUAUGUGGUGGUGGAUUGUGGAGGAGGGACGGUGGACCUCACGGUGCAUCAGAUCCGUAUGCCUGAAGGUCACCUGAAGGAGCUCUACAAGGCCUCGGGGGGUCCAUAUGGUUCGAUCGGCGUCGACUAUGAAUUUGAGAUGCUGCUCUGCAAGAUCUUUGGUCAGGAUUUUAUCGAUCAGUUUAAGAUAAAGAGACCGGCUGCGUGGGUGGACCUGAUGAUAGCGUUCGAGUCCCGCAAGAGAGCUGCGGCCCCCGACCGCUCCAACCCACUCAACAUCAACCUGCCCUUCUCCUUCAUCGACUACUACAAGAAGUUCCGCGGCCACAGUGUGGAGCACGCGCUGCGCAAGAGCAAUGUGGACUUUGUAAAGUGGUCAUCUCAGGGCAUGUUGAGGAUGAGCCCGGAUGCCAUGAACGCUCUGUUCAAGCCCACCAUCGACCACAUCAUCCGGCACCUCAAGGAACUGUUUGAGAGGCCUGAGGUGACAGACAUCAAGUUCCUGUUCUUGGUGGGGGGUUUCGCAGAGUCGCCGCUCCUGCAGAAGGCGGUGCAGGACAUGUUGCAGGGGCAGAGCCGUGUCAUCAUCCCCCACGAUGUGGGUCUGACCAUCCUGAAGGGAGCCGUGCUGUUCGGUCUGGACCCGGGCGUGAUCAAGGUACGCCGCUCGCCACUCACCUACGGCGUGGGUGUGCUCAACCGCUUCGUGGAAGGGAAGCACCCGCCUGAGAAGCUGCUGGUGCGUGAUGGCACCCGCUGGUGCACUGAUGUCUUCGAUACGUUCAUAUCAGCCGACCAAUCGGUGGCUCUGGGUGAAACGGUGAAGCGCAGCUACACACCAGCCAAGCCUUCGCAGCAGGUCAUCGUCAUCCACGUGUACUGCUCAGAGCGGGAGCGCGUAGGCUUCAUCUCCGAUGCCGGCGUGCGAAAGUGUGGCACCCUGCGCCUCGACGUCAGCGGCACAGAGAGUCCGGCAGCGGGGGUACGCCGUGAGAUCCAGACGCUCAUGCAGUUCGGCGACACCGAGAUCCGAGCAAUGGCCAUCGACGUCGCCACCAACCGCACGGUCAAGGCCAGCAUCGACUUCCUCGGCCAAUGAGAGAGAGAGAGAGAGAGUGGAGGAGAGAAAAUGAAGGAAAUUGCACCAACCCUUUGGCUGGAGAUCUACUUUCCUACAGAGUUUAGUCCCAGUACAGUGCGAAUAGAGCCGAUUCAGCUAAUCAUAUCCUCCUGAGAGUACCGAGAAGUCGGAGAUUAUUCUAUUAUAUUACAGUUGGAAAGUGGAUCUCCAGGAAGGGGAUUGGCUGCUAGACAAUUACAACAAAUUUAACAGCAGUAACUUAAAGGAAAACUCCAGCAUCGUUUCAACCUCAUCUCUAUACAGACUACAUCUGUAGUGUAUGCAUAAUUAACAUAGCAAAGAAGUGCAACAUCUUUUCGUUUUGUUUUUUUUGUGUGUGUGUGUGUGUGUUCGUUUGUUUUUUUCUCUCUAUACAAUACAAUGCAAUUUCCCAUCCCUGGUCCUGGAGAACCCCAUGUGCUGCACAUUUUAGUGUUUUCCCUGCGCUAACACGCCCACUUCAACUCAGGAAGGGCUGUUAAUUAGCUGACGAGUUGAAUCACAUUUGUUAAGAGCAGGGAGAGCACCAAAAUGUGCAGGACAGGGGGAUCUCCAGAACCUGUGCUCUACAGGGAAUCCUGUUUACUCAAAAAAUAAAUAAAUAAAUCACUUAUAAUAGAACUGUCUCGGGGCAGCUGUUAAGGGAGUCGAUAAAUAUUUAUGCGAAACGUAUUUCACGAAAAAAAAAAAAAAAACACUUGGAAGAAUUUGAGGUUCUGUUUCUUACCAAAUGAAUCCGAGUAGCUCAGUGAUCACAUCAGGUUCUUGAUGGUUUCGCGGUCUCCAUGUGCCUUCAGGACUCCUGACGCCAGUGUUGUCGAGGCCAUUUCGCUCUGGACGUGUUUCUGAAGCAUUCUUAACACGCACUUAAAAAAAAAUGUUCCUUACGCAACCGAUACGUUCCCACACACGUUUAACGUCGCUUAACGUUUAGCGCGUAACGUCACUGUCCGAGGUUGUACUUGCGGUAUACAGUUGUGUAUUUGAAACAUUUAUUGCGAAGUUAACAUCUGCCCCGUUGUAAGCAGGUCGCGAGUGUUUUCCGUUCUUCUAUCGGUGUAAACAAAUGUCAAAAAUGUGUUAAUCACGCAAGCAUGACGUGUACAGUAAGUAGAGAUUCGGUCGGAAACAUGCAGGAGUGUUCCUUUAACAGCUGUAGUGUGCUUAUGUAUUAUUUGAAACUGGAGGAACUAGAGCCCACUGUUAGUGUGGGCUGUUUGCUGAUUUUACCGUGUGUUCACUUCAUGACCUCCCAAACCCGUGCCGCUCUUUUUGUUAUUCUUACCAAAAUGACCAACAAUCUAGUCAAGGGUUUAAAAAAAAAAAAAAAAGGAAAAAAAAAAGCAAGAAAAACUUCAUGUAAACUUCACGUAGCUGGUUCAGAUCGCUCUUGCUUUUUUCUUUCACCCGAUCAGUUCUUAAACGCUGACGUAAGUAAGCAUUGAAAUUUGAUUGGCUGUGACUGCCACGUAUGUGCUUCCAAACAGACUGAGGAGGAAAUUUCAUUCUGACGUUUUCUUCGCUCUUUAGGCUUCGAGGGAAAGAGCAGAGGAGCCAGGCUUUGAUGAGUUCAGCCGGAUAUUAAGAAAAGGCUCGUUUUCAGGCAGAGUCGCAAAAGGUUUAUUCUGCUGCGUCCGGCUAUUUAAAGAGUAUUUAUCCAGGCAAAAUAUCUUAUCCUAUCAAAUAAAGAUUUGAUCCUUUUCGUGAAAUCCUCAUAGGGCUGUAUUCAGAGGUAUUCAGAGGUGUGACUUACGUUGAAAAAUCCCCUCAGUAUUUAUGCAGGGAAAGUAUUAAGACAAUUGAAUCUCUGAGAUGAUCGAUACCUGUCUGCAGCUCACACCUUUCGUGGUUGCCAGAGAUUGUCAAUAGUGUCAACACUACACUUUUUUUUUUUAUUUUUAUAUCGAGCUCUUGUAUUAGUUCAGACUAAUACAGUGUUGUGCGACCCCAAUUCCCGAAAAUGUCGGGACGCUGUGUAAAAUGUAAAUAAAAACAGAAUGCAAUGAUUUGCAAAUCUCCUAAACCCGCAAAUCUCCUAAAACACCCCCCCCCCCCCCCCAUCCCAACUUUUUUGAGACGUGUUGCCAUGGAAUUCAAAAUGACCUUAUGUUUUUUGUUUUUUGUUUUUUCCUUAAAACGGUAUAUUUCCUCAGUUUAAACAUCUGAUAUGUUUUCUUUGUUCUGUUGUGAAUAAUGUACGUGUUUAGGAGAUUUGCAAAUUACUGUAUUCUGUUUUUAUUGACAUUUUUACACAGUGUCCCAACUUUUUUUUUGGGAAUUGGGGUAGUGUAAAUAAGUAUCUAACAGUAUAUGAAUAAAUUAUUUUUUGUGUGUGUGUGUAUUUACAUCCCAAAACAUGGUUGAAAUUAGACGACGGUACUUAGACAAUUAGACGCUUGGUGGUUAACACGUUUGCCUCGCACCUCCGGGGUUGGGGGUUCGAAUCCCGGCUCCAUGGAGUUUGCAUGUUCUCUCCAUGCAUGUGUUGUAAGCCGAUUGGCAUUUCCAAAUCGUCCGUAGUGUGUGAAUGGGUCCGAUUGUGCCCUGCGAUGGGUUAGCACCCCGUCCAGAGUGCCCCGAGUUCCCUGGGAUAACCUCCAGACUGCACUGUGACCCUGUGCAGGAAAAGUGGUAAAGAAAAUGGAUGGAUGAGUCAAAACAUGCAAGGAAAACAGACCUAAAUUUAAAGUUCAGGAUUUAAAGUGAGCCACGCCUCUGUUUAAGCAAAAUUCAACCCACGUCCAAGUAGCGGUUAAAUCUGGAGUUACGUCUGAGGUGUGACGAUUAACUACACGAAUAACUCUGAAUACAGCCCAAAAUCUUUGAAGGUAUUUUUCUUCGAAUUUAAGGCGUAUUUAAUUAUUUUACCUCAUAAUUCCAGGAUGGACCACAGUCACAGCGCAGCUACGCACACAAAUCCUGUAGGGCAGAGAGAAAGAAAACGUGAUGUGAGCAUUUUAACCAGCUGUCUCUCUGAGCCACAUCUCCGUCUUAACCCUAUUUACGCUUUUAUUUAAGGAAAGGAAAUCAUUGAGUCGUUACUGCAAGUAAAGUGUGCCGUUCUGAGCGUGAGGAAUGUAAGCCUGGACCUGAGAGUUUAUAGGAGUUAAAGGGAUGUUUAGGACUCCAAAAUCCAGUUUUUCAGCUACAAAUCUACAGUAUUUUUCGCUCAAAAUCCUAGUUUCUACGUUCAUGUCGAAUUUUUUCAGCUCGGCAAAUGGCUGACGUUACUCCAGCAAAAUGUCGAGGUCUAUCCAUUCAAACCUCAGCUGUUAGUAGCAGAGCUCUGAGCUCAUCCUUCAUCAUGGUCGCUAAAAUACGGCAAAACCCCGACAUGAUCCAAGCUAGUGAAACCUCGAUAUAGUUUUUUUAUUAUUAUUAUUUAUUUAUUUUUUCCCUUCUUUUUUUUUUUUUUUUUUUUUUUUUUUUUUUUUUUUUUUUUUUAAGUUUGCUCAUUGGUGCUCAGAGAUUGUGUCUGUUUGGUGCAGCUCUUAAUAAAGACUAACACUUUUUUUUAUUUUUUAUUUUUAUUUUAUUUUCACUAACCUCGUACUCGGUCUUACCACGUUAUAGGUCAGUAAGUUGCGCUAAGGGGGAGGGAAGGGAAAAUUGGGAUCCACAAAUCCUGGAAUGUGAAUUUAUUUCUUCAGCAGGCGGUGUAGGAGACGCUGCUCGCCACACGUAGAGAGCGUGGAGUUUAAACAUAGCCAUCGCAAUGUGCUUGUUGCCUUUAGCAUUCUCGCUAGUCACAGGAGAGAAAGACACUGACCUUGAUUUCGUUUGUUCGAUUUUGUUUUCGUAUUCUUGAUAUUAUUUCGAAUCGGUGGACGUGUGAAAACCCGCUGUUUAUUUGUGUAAAUACCAUAUUUAAAGAUAUUGUACAGAUUUUUUAGAGUUAUGUUAGUGCUGUUUUAGCAGCUUGCUGAGCAGAGUGUGUGUGCUUCGAGUCUUCACUCUCACCAGCCUUUGCAUUUUAUAUAUACACGCGCACACACACACACACACACAGCAACACUUUCACAUAGCAGAUUUACUUAAGUGAAUCUGCUUGUCUGUAGAAAACCACAAGAAAAUAAGACUUGAAUCCUUCAUUGCUAUAGAGAUCAUUAUAAAUAUAUAUAAAAAAAAAAAUAUGAAUUUGGGUCAGGAGAGUUAGAGGGGCCUUGAUCUAGAUGUGUAUGAGGUCAGUAGCUUUAUCUUGUUAGCACUAUCAUACUGUGCGUCGAUCCUGACGAGGAACAGAGGUACCGCUGUUUUUAGUCAGACCCCAAUUUGAUUACGAAUUGGUGUAAAACAUCUGUGCCGGCCAAAUAAACCGAUAAAACAUGAGCAAUAAGGCAUUGUAAUGUUUAUGCCAUGCGCCGUCUGUGCUACGCUGCCGACGCUUGCUCACGUCUGAGCGAAAGCUAUGGCUAUGAAUGUACAAUAAAAAAUAAUGUCGUCAAGCGUUUUAAAUGACAUCGAUUCAUACAACUGAACGAGAUCACGUGUUAAUCUGCUGUUGAAAUUUUGUGUAUUGCGGUGUUUCAAAAAAAAAAACACAAAAAAAAAACAAACCCCAAAGGUCAGCCAGCAUGAGAGGCCCUUUCUUCCACACAUGAAUUCAUUUCAUAUUAAAAGUUAUUAGGCGCUAAUAUUUAAUUCUUAAAGAGCUGAUAAACCAAGCUGCUUUACGCUACUGUGGCCCUGUGUAUUCGCAGUACUGAAAAAGAGAGAGGGAGUGAUCACUGUCUCUUCAUCAACGCUUCUAAAAGCCAGUAUAUUGCUCAAUAUAGUACCUGUACUAAUAGCAUUAUUAAAGUAUUACAAUUUAACCUCGAUUCAUCCGGUGACUCGUUUUAUUAGCUACUCGACACGUUAUUAAAUCCUCGCUGAAACUGCACCAGGACGAACACCAGGACUCUUUUUUUUUUUUUUUUUUUCUUCUGAAAAUUGCUUAACUUCAUUGCAUUUGCUCAGUUCCUGAUUAUAAUUGUCACCUUUUGGUGAAGUCUUUGCAUGAGUAACUACAGAGACUAGCAAGAACGGAUAAACAAGCCUAUAUUUUCGCUGCCAUCGGCUGUGCACGCUAAGCAGGAAGUGAGGUCAACAGUGAGGCUUCAACAUGUACACGCUAACCCGCACAUACAGUACGCUGCUCCAUGACCAAGCAGAGUACGUUAUAGUGAUCAAGUACAACGUAUCUCCUUUUAAACAAUACGGUUAAGGAACACACUGAGACGAGACGUUCCAAGUCAAGUUCGCUGUGGUCAUGAGCAGCAAUACACACUCUCUUGCUACGUGCAGUUGUGUUAACGCUCUAAAACUUAAACACAAACACUGACCUUUUAUGGUAUCAUGGCUAGCAAGUUUACCUUCCUCUUUUUGCGCUCCAGACAUAACAAGGUCUCGUUGUGAUACCUUUGUGGUAUAACAAAGGUUCCCUGAUGCCAUUUUCACUCCUGUUAGCCUUGCAUGCUAAAGAGGACGUGAGAACAUUGACCUAAAUAUAUACAGGCACAUACAUACUUGCGCACGCACACACACACACACACUACAGUCCUGUCAUAUACAGGUCAGGAAUCGUGAAACGAACGAGCACUCACGACGCUACCACUUAACACACAGAUGCGCUAUCAGUUCAAGCUAACAAACCAUGUACUGCCUCUUUGUACUCUAGCUAAUGCAAUGUUAUGCUUAUGCAGAUAAAUAAAGAGCAUUAAUAAGCCACUGUUUACAUUCUGGUAUGAAUGCCAUGCUAUGUACUGAUUGUUAAAUGCUGUUUUAUUUUUUGCUUGUUUGUUUGUUUGUUUGAGAGGCAGCCGACAGGUGAUGGCCGAAUACAACUCGAGUGGUUAGUAAGCUCUAUGCUGAUUUGAUUUCAGAAACAGAAAUUUGUUCUACUUAAAGAAUCCGAACCCGAGUUGCGGGAGUCUGAACGUUGCUGAGCCGCUCGGUCUUGAGGCAAGAUGGACGCUCCUCUCUACAGCAAACAUGAACACACUGAAUCCCGUCACGCGUUACUUCGGUUUUCCUGUCCUGUGCACACACAGAUGCCGUCUUCUGUGGUUACAGAGCCACUUCUCCUGCUAUUUGCACACAAAAUAGUAGGUUACAACUGUAUUACAAUCAAUACCAAGUACCCAAACUGUCCUCCAAUAAAAUGUGUAUUUAAAAAAAAAAAAAAAA